UUGUGUGUGAACGUGCUGUGUCCAGAAAAAUGGUUUAAUUUUACAAAUACUGAAAACACCAAUUUGCUCGGCACUCUCGGGAUCGAGGGAUACAACGAUAUUGUAAUCGGUCUGUUAAUAAUUCGCAGUCGUUUCCACCUGCUUUGUUACUUUAUCAGUUAUCAAUCAGUAUACCGGUACCUUCAGUCCUCAAGUGCAAGAGAAUUACCAGAUCGAAAAAAUGCGAGCGUUGUUACCGCAAGAUUUUUCCCGACAUGUUUGGUGCCGAAAUGUGAUUAAGUGGCAACUUUUCAGAAUUGCAUAAUCGUCACGACACCUUUUUUCUCCAAGAAACCCCCAAUCAAAAUGGAAUGCGGCGUGACGGGGGGCUACACCAACGGCACCACUCCGGCCGGCAUCCUGGCCGACGUCCGGUCCGAAAGGUCGCCCUCGAAGACGGGCCUCCACGUCAAUUUCAAGGACAAAGGCGAGAUCAAGGAGCGCAGAGAGAAGUUUCUCACUGCCAAAUACGGACACCAUCAGAUGAGUCUCAUCAGAAAACGACUGGCUGUGGAAAUGUGGCUUUACGAAGAGCUUAAAAAGCUCUACGAAACUUCGAAACAAGUAGACGAUGUAAAUAACGACGAAGUAGAAGUGGACAUAGACGAACUGCUAGAUAUGGACAACGACGACGAGCGAAGGAGGCAUUUACAGAAUCUGCUGAUAAAUGCUAAAGGGCCGCAGAGUGACGUAAAAAAAUUCAUCAACGAUCUGUUGGACAAAGCAAAGACUCUGUAAAUAAAGUGAAGUGCCAAGUAGGUUCAGGAAGAAGACUUCGGCCCUAUGGCGCCUGUUUGCACAAGUUUUAGUGAUUAUCCAAUUAUUGCAUCAUCGAUGUUGAUCGUUCGAAACUGUAUUCCAUCCUAAUCUAUCAGGAAGGUCAACGUGGCUUAAGACAGUUUGGACCGAUUCUUUUGUAAUAGACGAAAUUAGUUUGUCGUUGUGGCCAGUUUGCCAAUUGUUAAUCGAGAAAAAUCUCUAAAGUCUUUUUCUAAUUUUUUAUAUUUUUAGCGCUAAUUUUAUUGUAAUGGAUACAAUGAAUGUUGUUACUAUUUGUGCAUUAAACGCGUGUAGCUAGUCCCGGUAUAGAUCAUAUCACAGAAGCCGCCUUGGGGUACUUAUCAUGGCUUGAGUAGCUCUUAUCAUUGGUUCUCAUAUCGAAUGUGCUCAAAAUUUUUAUGUAAUGUGAUCAUGAAUGUGAGCUUCCCCAAAUUAUCAUCAUACCUAUCGUCAUAUUGGCCUCACUUUGUUUCGUUAGAUCGUUUAGUAUAAUGUAAUUGUUUGGUGUACUUAUAAGAUAUUUAUCUGUAAACUGCAAUCGAUCGUUGUGAUCUCAGCCCUCUCAAAUCUGACAUGUGUAUCAUAGGAUGUAUGUAGGAAGUUUUAGCUGUAAGACAUUUUAUGAAUUAAAUAGUUAUGAUCCA